GCGGGCUCACCCUGCUGCUCGUGACAUCCGUACAGGACAUGAAAGAAGACUUCCUCUUUCUCUUGGGAGUUUUGUGAUUAAUGAAUACAGAAGAUAAUUAAUAUGAACACAGAGGAGGAUUGCUUGCUCAGACCUGACGUGCGGAGGUCUCGCCCAGGGACGUGUUGGCGCGUGAGGUACACACUCGCUUUGCUAGCAUGUCUCGGCUUUUGUGUUGUGUACGGCCUCCGGGUGAAUCUAAGUGUGGCACUCGUAGCGAUGGUCAACUCGACGUAUGAUGGAAUCGAUGGCAAUACGAACUCAGAGUGUCCUGGGGGUAAUACCCCAGACACCACUUAUAAGAAUGGAGAUUUUAACUGGGACCAAAAGACACAAGGUUUAAUUCUUGGCUCCUUUUUCUACGGAUACAUCUGCACACAACUCCCUGGAGGUUGGCUGGCAUCCCAGUUUGGUGGAAAGCAUCUGUUUGGGUUUGGUGUUCUGUGUACCUCUAUCUUUACUCUUCUCACACCAUGGGCAGCACAUCAAGGCAUCCCUAUGCUCAUUGCACUGAGAAUACUUGAGGGAUUAGGAGAGGGUGUCACCUUUCCAGCAAUGCAUGCCAUAUGGAGUAGCUGGGCACCACCCCUGGAGAGGAGCAAGCUCUUGACAUUAUCAUACGCUGGCUGUCAAUUGGGAAACAUCAUAUUCAUGCCACUAGCGGGAGUUCUGUGUGCUUCAGAAAUAGCAGGAGGCUGGCCCUCUGUGUUCUAUAUUUUUGGUUCCUUGGGCAUCCUGUGGUUUGUUGUAUGGACCUUGAUGGUGACGGAGAAGCCUGCCGACCACCCUACCAUAUCUGAAGCAGAACGAGACUAUAUUAUCUCAUCUAUAGGGACAUCACAGGACAGGAAGACCACGAAGCAAAACACUCCAUGGUCGGCCAUAUGGAGCUCGCCCGCUGUGUGGGCAAUUAUAAUCGCUCACUUCUGUAACAACUGGGGAUUCUACACAUUUCUGACACUUCUGCCCUCUUACUUCAAAGAAGUGCUGAACUUUUCAAUCCUGACGAAUGGUUUUCUGUCUGCUAUUCCAUACGCGACUCAGUGGCUGUUCAUCGUCAUCGCAGGCCAGAUUGCUGAUUGGCUAUUACGGCGAAGGAUAAGCUCCGUGUCCGAUGUCCGGAAAGUCUUUUGCGUCACUGCUUUCAUAAUCCCGGCAUGCCUCCUGGUCGCGACUAGCUACACAGGCUGCACCACCACCACCCUCUCCGUCUGCUUGUUCUCCACCGCCCUGGGGUUCACAGGCUUCAAUCUGUCAGGCUUCAACGUCAAUCAUCUGGACAUUGCGCCACGUUACGCUGGCAUCCUCAUGGGUAUAACUAACAGUUUUGGCACAGUACCCGGCAUAGCAGCGCCGUACGUGGCCGGGUGGAUAACGAAUAAAAAGCCUGACAGGGCGCACUGGCAAAUAGUGUUCUUCAUCUCGGCCGGACUGUACGUCAUUGGAGCCAUUUCAUUCGUGACGCUCAGCAAAGGCUCUGAGCGGCGAUGGAAUAUCCCUGAAAAGGACAUGAUCCAGGAGGUCAAGUUACCCCGCGAAACACGCACCCCAACCCUCGCCGGCGCGCAUAGAGAAGAGCCCGAGGGCUGUGACAGCAUGCCCAGUGUUGUGUGACAGCAGGACUAGUGUUGUGUGACCGCAGGACUAGGGCUGUGACAGCACGCCUAGCGUUGUGUGACAGGACGCCAUGUGUUGUGUGACAGCAGGACUAGUGUUGUGUGACAGCAGGACUAGUG